AUGACUGCUCAGAAAGAACAGAAAAAGCCUUCGUUUCCUUUAAUUCUUUCUGUUUUGUCGAUCGUGUUUUACUGCGCCGGUUUUCUACGAGUAGAAUUGGAUCUAAACGAACAGAAGAAGAGAGUAAACGCUCUUGAAAGCAUCGAAGAGGCUAAAUCACACACCAACAUUCUUGACCUCGUAACAAAGAGCGAGGAAAUCACUCCUGGUAAGUUUUUGACAAAAUUACUCAAAAAAAAUACUCGACGUUUCAAAACAACAUACACAGCGACCAUCUACCAAACAAACACGAUCUUUUGGCCUUUUAUUGUACUGACUGCUGCCGGUUAAAUAAGCCUUAAAAGCCACAUGUAUCUCUAGUCAUAAUGGCAUUUGUUUCAAACGUCGUAUUUAACUCUGUUCGCUGUUAUUAUUCUCAGUAAGAUAACAAUAAUUUACUAAAAUUCAUGCAUUAAGUUUCGCAGAUGUGAAGUGCGUCGUUUAAAAACCUGGCGUAAGUCGUUCACUGCCGAGCUAAAGGGACUGAACCAGCCAUGAAAGAUAUGACUUGACGCGAAGAUGCUUUUUUUCUCCUUCUGGUCAUAGUUAGUAGAAGAGGCCCAACAAACAUCAAAGUUCAAAACAAGGGUGCUGUAGUUUAUGUUGGAAGCUGUCUGACCCUGCACAAUCCUUUGUUUUUUGUUCACAAAUUCUGUCACUGAAUAAAUUAAUGCGAUGUUUCUAUUGGUCAUUGAGUUCAAAAUGAUGGGAAUGCAAUUAAACGUUGUGCACGUCCCAGGUCCAAAAAAGCUGACAAAAACAUAUAACAAAGGAGUCUAACGGGUUUCUUAACUAUUCCACUAUAAUAACUAUGUUCUGGUUUAUCCUGACUGCCGAACCACAAAUACGUUAAUGUUCAUCUGAUACCGAGCUAAACAAGCCAUCAAUAGUGAGAAGAAGUGUGACGUCACGAUCAUGGCAAAAUGGGGAGCUUAAGCAACAACGACGGCGAUGUCAACGAGACUGGUAAAAAGCAAUCGGUUUAUAUUUGCAAAACAGCAACUCUGCUGCACGUGCAUUUCACUUUUUUUUUAUUUCUCAGCCGUCGUUGCAAGUGUACUACUUGAAACUUCCUAAUUUCACGCUCCCUCUUGAUGGACUUGAUGAACACAGCACAAGAAAUCUUUUUCUUUUCUAAACUAAGAUACGGUCCUUUCGGAUUUAACCGCAGACAAUUUCGCCAAGAGUUUACAAAUUAAGCUAAAUUAAAUAAAAUUGAAUAAGAUCGCCUUGAAGUUUGAAACUGUCCGAAUUCAGUUUUUAAGUGACGUUUUCGCUUUAUAGUCAGCCAGAAAUUUUGCUACCAUGGCAACAUAACGUAACGACUUCCCUUCUUUAUAAACAUUUCGCUUAAAUCUGAUGUACAGGUUCAGUUUAUUGACUGUUCUUGAGUCUUCAAUCCUACAUUUAAAUCUGUUAAUUCCACAGAGAUCUAUCCAAAAGACCCACAAUGUGGCUUGUAGUCUGUAUGCCAACCUGGCGCUUCCCUAGCGGCAAAUUGCACAGAAUGUUACUUCUGCUUAUUUUGUAAUACAUCUUAGAUCCUCUCUCUAAACGAAAUCAAAACGUGAGAAAAAAAAUCGUUUUUUAAGUAUUAUACUAAAUGAAUAUCGUCAAUAUCAUUGUAUUAAAAAAUCUCCUCUUUUAAGACCGGGAAGUCUUGGAAUGUUAAAUCGUGCGCUUCUGGCUUAUUGAUCGACCUUCCUAAUUAUCAGGGGCACUGUUAUUCAGUGGACAUAAAAUCAAAUACUGUGGGUCGGUUAUUUAAACGAAAUCUAAGUUACACCGCGGUUUGGGAAAUCUUUGGACCUCCAGAUCUCUUCUUCCUUGGGUUACUCUAAGAGGACAAAUGCUUUUCUAGUCUACGCCAUAUGCUUUCAUGACACUGUUCACAAUAAAUGAUGUUUACAUAAAGUGUUCGGCAAACUGAAAAUGGCUUAGGACUCGGUUUUGUUAAACAUUGGCUAAACGCCGUUUAAAUAACUGGCCCUUUAUGUUUUACGAUACAUUUAAAUUACAGCUUGAGGCAAAUUACACAGAAUGUUGCUUCUGCUUAUUUUGUAAUACAGCUUAGAUCCUGUCUCUAAACAAAACCAAAAAAUGAAAAAAAUAAACAAAAAACAAAAACAAAAAAAACAGAAAUUCGUUUGAUUUUGAUCAACCUUCCAAAUAAAUACUGAAUACUGUAUGUUUUACGAUACAUUAAAAUUACAGCGAAGCUGGUGAAAAAUAUUUUUAAUUACUGCUUUGACGCAAAUUGAAAAAAAAGCUUUUCCAGAUAAGGCUAUUUAUUUCUCUUAAUUUCCCUCUCUAGCUCUUUUUAGGGUAGACUGAAACUCGCUAUUAUCAUGAAAGCUUCAAUGGUCUUUUUUGCCCCUCUCUAUUUUAUAGACAGAAUAUUGUUGUAGUGAUAAGACUGAACAGAAUUCUUUUCAUUGCGAAAAAAGCUCAAGAAAACUUUUACAUUGUUAUUUUUACUGAUUAACAACUCCUCGGCGCUCCGAAAUAUUGGAAUUCGGAUCAUAUAAUUCUGAAAUGCCCAGAACGACAGUAAUUAUCGUGUUACAUUUUGAAUUAAGAAAAAAAAAAUAAAGUUAACCAAUUUUAAGCUUGUGAAAAAUAGCGCUUGGAGAAAAGCAUGAAAAAAAAAAACAGCAGACCGCGUCGAGGAACAUUCGAGUCUGAACGGAAAAUAUCCUGUACUGAUAUCUUUUCAAUCGCUCUUAGUAUCGCAGGCGUAAGACAGUGCGAGUCUUGCCUGUUUUGCGGAAAAUUUUCAUAGAAAGAUUUUAACUGAACUGACCAGGGUACGCUUAUCAACGCUUGCUCAAAAUUCCUUUCUCAUCACUCCCACGUAUCAACCUCAGCUAAAAGACUCAGCGUACAACAGAAUGGUGAACAAAACUUUUAUUGAUGAUCAUUAAGCUUCGUUAGACUAUUAAGGGGUAUACAAUGGCCCAAUAACCAACUGUAAGAUAAUCAAUCACUGCUUCUUUAAUAUUUAAGUGUUAGAGGAAUUAGGGAAGGUAAUGCACAAGAAUUUGGGAAAAAUGCAGCGAUACAGCUAUAAAUAAUUAUGGUAUAAGGCAUUUGCCUUAAGCUAAAAAGCUUGUAACUUAUUAGUUAGCAAAUACAGCCGUCUCUCCUCACUCCUGGCCCCAAGGAACGUCUGCACAAUAGCGACAGAAAUUCCAUACUGAUGACACAAAUUAAUGCUUACCUAACAAAUCUGGUGGUCAUGGAGCUCCAAUUGAAAAUUUGUGUUUCUCCUGGUCGAUUAUGGUAAAGUUUUGUGUUUUCCUGUGAACGAGCGUCGAUGUUUCUUCUAAAAAAGAAUAUAUUUCACAAAUCUUGACCGUUUUUAAGUAGAUUCAUCCCGUUUACGUUUCCCCUAUGUGGCCUUUUGUCUUUUUUUGUCAUUCAUAAACAAAGCAAAAACCACUUAACUACUACGUCGACCAGAUUCCGGACAGAGUUUACGUCAUCAGUAUGGAAUUUCUGUCGCUGAGUCGCAGACGUCACCUAAAGGCAAGGAGCGAGGACACACGGCUGUAAAUAGUUUGGUGCUCGACGUUCUUGUUUUAAUGACAAUGACGUGACAGAUUAAUGUCACAUUUUUCAGAUCCUCAUUCCAAUAAGCGUCAAAGGAAAAGGCGCAAUGCCGAUACUGUUAAGAACAAGACUGAAAUUAAAAACGUGGAAGCAACAGUGCUUAAAAUUUUGUCAGAGUUAAGACCGCACCACUCAUUAUCGCAAAGUAGCUCGUGUCUCCUAGGCCCUCCCGGGCCAGAAGGUCCGAGGGGAAAGAAAGGGUCCCGGGGCAAAAGAGGACAGAAAGGAGACCAAGGUAUUAUGGGAUUGCCUGGAAAGAGCAGCAAGCAAGGUAUUAUGGGACCAUUAGGUCCUAAGGGCAAUGUUGGACUCAAGGGACAAAAAGGAGACAUGGGACCUGCAGGCUUGCCGGGAGCUAAAGGAGAACCUGGUGAAUCGAUUUCAGCUCCUGUCGUUGCCUAG